CAAAUUAGAAGGCUUAGCCAAACGUGCCUAGUUCAGACAGAAGAAAAGAGAGACCCCCCCGUUAGUAAAGAAACUUAGAGAGGUGACAAUGGCGACUCUUUGUGUACCUUCUGUGGUUCCUUCUCCUGUCGAGGACGCUGAGAAACUCCGCAAAGCUUUUGAAGGAUGGGGGACAAAUGAGCAUUUAAUCAUAUCAAUAUUGGCGCACAGGAAUUCUCAGCAACGCACACAGAUUAGGCAGGCAUAUGCUGAUGCUUAUGGGGAAGACCUUCUGAAAGCACUAGACAAAGAGCUUUCAGGUGACUUCGAGCGGGCUCUACUGCUAUGGACAUUUGAACCUGCUGAGCGUGAUGCAUUUUUGACUUAUGAAUCCACAAAGAUGUUCACCUCUAACCAGUGGGUUCUUGUUGAAAUCGGCACUACUAGGUCUACUCAUGAACUGAUUCUUGUGAGGAAGGCAUAUCAUGCUCGUUACAAGAAAUCCAUGGAAGAGGACGUCGCUCAUCAUACACAUGGGGACAUCCGCAAGCUACUGCUGCCUCUCGUGAGUUCAUUGCGAUAUGAGGGAGAUGAGGUGAACACAACAUUGGCAAGAGCAGAAGCUAAGGUACUCCGCGAAAAGGUUACAGAUAAGGCCUUUAACGACGAUGAUUUCAUCAGGAUUCUCUGUACCAGGAGUAAGGCACAGCUCAAUGCAACUCUCAAUCACUACAACAAUUCAUAUGGAAACUCCAUCAACAAGGAUUUGAAGGCUGAUGAAUCAAAUGAGGAAUACCUCAAAUUACUGAGAUCAGUUAUUACUUGCUUGACCACCCCUGAGAAGUACUUUGAGAAGCUUCUGCGCCAAGCCAUCAACAAGAUUGGGACAGACGAAUGGGCCCUUACUAGGGUUAUCACUACCAGAGCAGAGGUUGAUCUGUGUCGUAUCAAAGAGGAAUACCAUCGAAGGAACAGCAUUCCUUUGGCAACUGCAAUUGCCAAAGAUACUUCCGGAGACUAUGAGAAAUUUCUUAUUGAGCUCACUGGACCCGGCAAUGCUUAAAAACAUUUUUCUGUGUGGGCUCUACACUCUAGUAGAGAGAGUUCUGAAUGAGUGCAGAUUGCAUGCGUUUGCCUGCCAUGUUGCUUUGAUCAUAAGUGUCUUGUUGUCGUGUAUUUCUCCAUAAUUAUCUGUCUUGUGAUGGGUUUGUGGACCUUUUGUUGUUUAAUAAUGGCAGUUCGAUGUUCGAUAUAAGUUACUAGUUUGUGAAAUAACAGUAAGGCCUUGUGCUUUGAACGUGAUUAUUUAUUA